AUGCGCAAGUUCUCACUCUCACGCAAGAGCUCGGCAAACGACGUCCGCGGGCUUAGCGGCAAGGAUCGCCCGCCUUCUUCAUGGCCGACAUCCUCGAGUCCCGCGCCGAGCGCUAGCGGCGCGUCGACGCCGCCGGCCUUAGACGGGUCGGCGCGGACGCGCAAGCCGUCUAUCGCCGCCAAGUCGAAGCGCCGCCUGUCGGCUAUCUUCAACGCGUCGCCGCAGCGCGACCGCGGCACAUCGGCAUCUCCUGCACCAGAAGCUCCGCCUUCUACGAGUGGUACCUCUGUGGCACCGUCCGUACAGUCUGUUAAGGAAGGAUCACCGCCUCCGUCGCUAAUCUCGACACCAGCCGAAUCGACAACGCUCGCUACCGAGUCGGGAACCGAGCGUAACGCUGACUCUAACGGCUCGACCGAGGUGACUGCCGGCGUGGCGGUGCUCAACGUCAACGGCACGCAUCCGCUCUCGCAAUCGAUUGUACCGACUACACCGGAGCGGCUGGUUGUGCCUGUUGUGGCCCCAGCAGUCUCGACGCCCGGUGUGUCGGGCGCGUCGACUCCCACGCGCAUCCAGAGCCUGUACUCCCAGUGGGGCCUUGACGACUCGGAAAGCGACGACGACGAGGCGGGAUACGCGACACCGUCCGAGGGACUGUCAGACCUCGAAGAGGAGCCCGAAGAGGAGGACGACGUGAAGACUCCUGCUGGGAGCGAGCUGCCCAACGGCCACGGGGCGGCGGUAGCAUCCACCACGGCGAUGAGCGUCGAGGCCCCCGCCGGUACCGCCGCAAGCAUUGGCGGAGCCGCACCUAUCGACCCAGCAAGUGACUCGGGUCCGAAAGUGACGCGCUCGGCUGCUGGCGCGGCCAAGGUCGUCAACCGCGAGUACAAGCGCGGCAACCCGAGUGACAUUGACCAGGCGGCCGCGCUUGCGCCCGACCUUGACAUCUGCCGCGAGGUGCUCCGCCUCUUCCUCACGAGCAAGAUGAAGGAGUCGGAAGACAUGCUCGUCGCGGCCGACCCCGAGAACAAGCACAUGUACCUCCAGAGCGGGCACAGUGUGAUCCAGGCGCUCAAGGGCCUUAUGACGUUUGGGAGCGACGACUUGAUCAGCGCACUGGAGAUCGCCAAGGCCACCACGUUGACGGCGACAGCUCUCCGCCGCCCAACCGAGGGUGUGUUCAGCAAGCUGCGACCCGGCGCGAGCUUGCAGCGUAUUCGCCACAUGAGCCCACUCGAGCGUCACGCUGAGCUCGUGUACGCCGAGACCCUGCUCGUCAAGGCCAUCAUCGCUAUUGUUGGUGGCGGCGACUGGAUGGGUCUCAUCCGCGAGGCGUUCAACAUGCGUACCGCCCACGGCAUCUACCGGUCGCUCCAGAUCUUCUUGGAGGUGUCGGACAAGGAUGGCUUUGACGAGGAUGUUGACAUGGACUUCCGCUCCGGCGUGCUUUUGGGCACGGGCACCAGCUCGCUCAUGCUCUCCCUCCUGCCGGCCAAGGUGCUCAAGGUCGCCGAAGUGUUUGGGUACGCGGGCGAUCGGACGAUUGCGCUCAAGACGCUCAUGAGCGCCGGCGGGUGGAGCGACGGCUCGGAUGUCCCGGCGUAUAACGAGGACAAUGAGGGUGUCCGCCGCCCGAUCUGCGAUAUGAUCCUCCUCACAUUCCACCUCGUCAUCUCGGUACUCAUCCCCGUGUCAGGCGUCGACAUUCCCGCCGCUAGAAAGAUUCUCGCGUACAACAUGCGCCGAUACCCGGACGGUAUCUUCUUCCUGUACUUCCAGGCGCGGCUUCACACGAACGAGUGUGAGCCUGAGCUCGCCAACGCGUCGCUGCAGAAGGCGCUUGACCUCGACCUCGAGUAUGUGCAGCUCCAGCACAUGUGUCUCUGGGACUAUGGGUGCAACUACUUUCAGAUGGCGGACUGGAACGGCGCGCGGCAAUGCUUCGACAUCUUGCGCCGCGAGAGCAACUGGUCUCGCGCAGUAUACACUUACGCAACGGCCGUCAACAUCAUUGAGCUUGUUGCUGCUGGCGCCAAGGUUCCCGAGGCGACGGAGGCUGAGGCCGUCGCCCUCAUCGAGAGCCUGCCAAAGCUCUCGAAGAAGAUUGCCGGCAAGUCGCUCCCGAUAGAAAAGCUGGUGAACCGCAAGGGCCGCAAGUACGUUGCGCAGGGCAACAUGCUCUUCUUGCCAGCCAUGGAGCUGGCGCGUAUGCUGGUGUCAAAGUGGCUCCCUCACCUCAACGCAGAGAUUGCGCGCCUUGAGGCCUCCACGCCAGAGGAGUGGGGCAAUGGCCAGCAGUACUGGGACGACUACGCGCUUGGCCACUUUCUGCGUGGCUGUGUCCAGUUCACAGCGGCCUACCAGCCUCCAGAAGCGACGGCCUCGGCACUCGCUCCCCAGGCCGGGGACCCCGGUACAGCAGCCCUCGACUCUGGCGCCGAGGCAGACUUCCAGGCUGUUGUGGACGUCGCGCCAAAGAUCAGGCUCGACCACCACAUCCUGUUCCACAACCAUUACGAGUUUGGACGGUUGUACUCGCGGCGCGGAGACGCCCCGAACGCUCAGUUCCACUUUGACGUUGUCAUGCACAACAAGCUUCCUGCCGGCAACUCGCACAUCGGCAAGGGCAAGUACUCUCUCGAGGGUGCGCUGCAGAUCAAGACGCAUGCGGCGAUGAGCGCACUUCACGAGGAUCAGACUAAGCAGCGGGGCGGCUUUGCGCCAAAGGAGCAGGAGUAA